AUGGCCCAACAUGUUGACCACUAUUUCAACGUCACAAAUCAGAGUCGAUGGAAUGUAGAAGGAUUUUUUCGAUACCCCGACAACGCGAAAGUCCUUGAGGAGCACGAUAGGGAUUAUCUGAUGAAUACGUGGGUACAGGGUUUAAGGUCGGUCGCGAAUGACGAUGGGAGGUGUUUAUCUGAUCGGGAAGCAGCAAAGAAGCAGUUAAACAAGUUUAAGCCCCCUCGCCCUCCUCCUCCUCCUCCUCUGGAACCUCCAUUGUACAUUCAGGGCAACCACAAAGUCAGCUUCAAUAAUAAUUCUAUCGGCGCGCCGCCCGAACCACUUGCCCGUCCUCCCAAACGUCGCCACCCUUCGGCCAUCCGGAACACAAAGAAGACAGAGGACACUCCACCAUCUGGCUAUCUCCUGGAUUUCAAGCGCGCUUGGAAGAAUAUGGAUAGUUCCAAGAAAUGGCGUCUCCCAGCUGACGACUUCACGGAGGCUGAUUUUGAGUGUUUCAAGCCUUCACAAUGGAGGAUCAUUUCUGCGCUGAUCCAAGCGCUACCAGUGGCGGACGCUUGGUUUCUGGAUUCCAUUACAGCAUACCGGGAUGAGAGACUCGACGGCCCGGAUCGACUUGUUGCCCAUAUACACGAUACUCCGCUCUUUGCGCCCGGAGAGCGUGACCGUCUCAUCGCCGACGAGCGCGAGGGAAAUAUAUGGCUUAGGGAUUCGAUGCGCGCCUGGUGCGAACUGCUAUCUCGUUCAAGUUUCAACAGGAACCACCAAGAGUCCUGGUAUAUCUCCAAGUUAUGGGAGCCUAUUUAUAACCAAUGCAUGGAAACAAUCCCUGGUUCCUAUAUGAGUCGGGGUGAGUCGAAGUCUCAGGGUACCUGUGAUAGGAGGGACUCGUAUGAUAUACACCGCAAGAAACGCAAGCAUGGGAAGAAGUUCUCAUCUACCAGUGACCGCAAGUGGGUUCAUGAUACACUAAAGGUUGUGAAGGUACUCCAUGACAUGUUGUAUAGGUUGCAGCCGUCUAGCGGCGUAGUCGGGUCAAAAGGUACGGGUGUGCUACAGGUUCUCGGGAUAGUCACAGCAGGGCGGCACUGCCAAAAUUGGCGUAUGUCACACGCAAAGGGGUCCAUUUGCCUCUUGGUUGGCGACCAAGUGCGCGAGAUCCCUAAUAACUUUGAAAAUACCACCCAAUAUUUCAAGCUGCUGACCUUUUUGUGGCGGCUCAGGUGUGUAUUGAAAUCUGGGAAGGAAACUUGCAAGCUGAUUGGUGGGAAAUUGGUUAGUAAUCAAGUUUUAUUUACGGGGGCAGAACACCGCCUAAACUCUCUAUCGUGUAUCACGGUCUGUGAAAAACAAGAGCCUGCGUGCUGUGUAACCACAAAAAUAGUGGAAGAGGCUUGA